AUGAAGCUCCUUUCUCUUCCCCUAGAGCUACUUUUCUGUCUAGCAGACUUUUUAGAUUUCUCACCGGAUUUGCUUUCAAUGGCAAAAUUGAAUAAACGAUCAAGUCUUCUAUUCCUACCGCUUCUCUACGCCUUCAAUGUCCGCUGCCAGGAUAGCUCUGCUCUGAUCUGGGCCAUCCAGCACAACCAAUCGAAACUCGCGAAAACCCUACUCGAAGAGUAUCGAGCAAACCCAAACACGACGGAUGAUAGAUUUCGGACACCGCUGUUCUAUAUUCGAGGUAUUCGAACAGAAAGGUAUCAAAUGAUUCGUUCUUUGAUCAAGAGCGGGGCAGAUCUCAAUUGGAGAGAUGAUCAUCAGCAAACGCCAUUACUGUACUCCCUCCAAAGGAAGUUCUUGCCUGUAGUCAGAGAUCUUUUGGGGUGCUCUGGUACAGACGUGACUGCUCGGGAUAGCAAGGGCCGCAAUGCGAUCUGGUAUGCUACGGCCCAUCAGGAUAAGGAUUUGGUUCGGGCCUUCCUGGAAAGUGGGGUUGACACUUUUACAGCCGACUGCAAAGGAAUCGACCCCAUUAACCUAGCUAUCUUGAAUCAGAACAGUACCAUUCUUACCAUACUGCUUGACCACGUCAAAACGAAGCCUUCAGCGGCAACCCUGGAUGGCCCAAGCAGCCGUGAGCAUCCGCUAUUUAUUGCCACGCGCAAAGGGUCAAAGGAAAUGGUCCAAAUGUUGAUUUCCUACGGAGCAAAUCUCAACAUCAGGAACCGAAAGGGUCAGAGUUUGCUUCAUCAAGCAGCCAUAAAAGGACACAGUGAUAUUUUGCAAACUUUUCUCGAUUACAACAUGAUACCUAUUAAUGCUACCGAUACAAGGGGAGCAACAGCGCUUCAUUUAGCCGCAAAGCAUGGGCACAAAUCGACCGUGAAGAUUUUAUUAGCUUUUCCCAACAUCGAAAUCAAUUCCCGUGACGCGGACGAAGUCACACCUCUCUGUAUUGCUAUUCGUGAGGAUCAACAGUCUGCGGCCAUGCAAAUUUUAUCCGAGGAGUCAGCUGAGAUCAACGCGACCUGCCGACACGGGCAAACGGCCCUUCAUUAUGCCGUACAAAAUGGCAAUAUUCUGCUCGUGUGUGUUCUCCUCGAAAUUGAGAGCCUAGAUCCGAAUAUUCGGGACGGAUGCGGCUGGACUCCCAUCACCUAUGCUGCAUUAAGUGGCAGUCUACGAUUGCUGGAGGUACUUCUCACGAGACAAGAUAUUGCGCUGAAUGUUCGAAAUGCCUCGCCGAUUUUCUAUGCCUGUGAGAAGGGCCAUAUGGAGAUCGUACGUCGGCUUCUUGACCACAAUGAUGUCGAUUUCGACAAAUCGGUCUGGAACAAAUCUCCUCUUUUCAUCGCAAUCGAAAAUGGUCAUACUGAGAUCGCGAAGUUGUUGAUUGGCCGGUGUGGUGGUAUCGAUGUCAACUCGCCUACAUUGCUUGGAAGCACUGCAUUGUCAGUGGCAGCGUCAAGCGGGAAUCUAGAAAUCGUGGAAAUUCUGCUCCAAGAUGAAAGGCUGAACUGCAAGGCCGAAAACAGUUUUGGAGAAACAGCGCUUCAACUGGCAGCACAAGAAGGAAAUGAAGCAAUCGUGCGAGCUCUUUGCCGUGAUAAACGUGCCAGAGACCUUCCAAGCUUGAAGAAAGCGAUCAGGUACUCUUCAAACAUCAGAUUGACAUACUUUCUUCAAGAAAUGGAAGAAAUUUGGGUCCGAGAAAGCAGCACAUGA